AUGAAUCAAGAUCCAACCCAACCAAUAGAGCCUUUCAUAAAGGAAUUGCUCAACUCAUUAGAUUUAUCCAACGAAAAGUUCAAUAACGUCGAAUCAUACGCCACAGAAUUAGGUUCAGCCUUGAAACCAAAUUGUAAUGUCAUAAUAAAUGGUGAACCAAUUGUAUCCAAAUUAGAGUUCCAAAAGAAAUGGUUGAUGACUCCUUUAACUUUCCAUCAAAUUACAAACUUUGAUUGCCAUCUAAUCCCCGGAUUGAAUAGUUACGUGAUAAACAUAAAUGGUAAGGUAAAGUUUGAUGAGAGUGGUAGAAAUAGAUUAGGAGAAUCAGGAGAUUUAAUCGUAUCUCAACAACCAAAGAAGAACAUGAGUUCCUGGUUUGGAUUCUUUUUAAGUCUUGUCAUUGACCAACCAGGAAUGAACAAAGAAAUCGUAGAUAAUUUCGAUUAUCGUAUAAAUUAUAAACCUCACGACACCAUUAUUUCUAUAUAG